AUGAGACCUGCCUCCUAUAGAGCUUUUCAACCUGGUCACUUUAAAGGAGAUAAUGAUGAUAUCGAAGAGCCUAGACUCACCAUCAUUCUUCCAGAAUAAGAUUCAUUAACGGUUCGAAAAGGAGGUUAGACUUUAUUACCCUUGAGAUUAGAUGAUACAAUCUUAGAUGUGUCUGGAGACUUUUCUGACUGCUCGAAAUCUGAAAAUGGUGGUAAGCACCCUGAAAACUACGAAGAAGAUUCUAAUAAAAGCAACUAAGCAUCAUUUUUUGAGAAAUCACAACACAAAAAUAGUAUGGUCCUUAACGUUGAGGAGUAUUAGUACAAGGAUCCCAUCAAAAUAUACAAUAUGGAGCAGCUCUUUGAACUAUUCGGAUAUGAAAAGAAAUUUGUGUACAAGAAUUCGGUCUAUCAACUUGAUGUAACAUUAUCAGAGGAUCCUGAAAGUGACACUAAUGAGGAAGUCAAGGCUUAAUUGACUCGGACAAAUGAAACAAUGGAAAAUAUUGCAAGAAUUACAUAAAACAAUAAUGGUAAUUCAAAUAAUCACACUAAUAAUGAUGAUACUCACCAGAUUGAAACUUUAAACAUGCUAUCUGACUAACUUCAAGAUUAACAAAUCUUAUUGGAGGUAGAAUAAAAUCAGUCAGAUGAUUAAGAGUUGAUAGUAGUUUAUUCUGAUACCUAACCAAAAAUAACUAUUCUCUAAACUGAUCAUUAGGAUAAUAACAUGACCCAAGAGAAUGAAAGCUCUUAGAUGAUAAGUAUGAAUAAUGUAGCAGAGCAAAUUCAAUAAAAAUAGAAUCACAUUUAAAUAGUCAAAGAUACUUAUUAUGAAGAUCAAAAUGAAGAAGAGAAUUCGAUAACUGAAGAGGAAUGGGAAAAUCUAAAGCGCCAGCAUCUCCAGCUUAUGAAUUCCAGCAAUUUGAUGGGCUAAUAAAGUCCUAAGAGCUAUUUAAGUAUGAGCCCACCUCUAUAAAACGAUUCAAUAAAGGAGUCUAAGUCCAAAGAUAAAAAGCAAAAAAAUGAGGGAUCUAGUAUUCUUUAAGAAUUCUUAUUGGAAGAUGAAGAUGAAGAAUAAAUGCAACCUCUUUCCUCCAAAGAUGAUCCUAACCAGAAAGAUACAAAUCAUUUAGAGGUAUUUUCCCAAAUCACUAAAAUGCAUAAAGAAAAUCUUAGUUUAAUUGAGUAACUUAGAGAGGCAAAGAAGCAAUUAGAAAAAAUGAAUUAAAGACUGCUUAGUACAUAACUUGCCAAUAAGCUGUAGCAGCAAACUCAUUUCGCUUACAUGUUUGCAUAACCCUUAGUUUUGGCCUCAACAAGGUUUAAGAUUAAAUUUGAAAUGGAACAGAUAAUGGAUUUUAACAAAGAAUUCAAUGAAAUUAAAAGCACGCUUUCCAAGACAAAUAGAGAGAUAAAAGCUAAAUUCAGAUAGUGCACUUUGAUUAACUUUGCUGCAAUUUUAAGUUAAAAGCCAAUUUCUCUUCACUUCUCUGGAUAUGGCGUUGAUAAUAGCUAUUCUAGCUUUGUAGGGUCUCCUGGCAGCAAAAUUAUCAAUGAAGAGGAUUAUCUACUCUUUGAAACUGACGAUGGAUUAGGUGAGUUAGUAAGUGAGAAAACUAUCCAAGCCUUGAUUAAGUCCUCGAAUGCUAAUCUUGAGUUUGUUUUUGUAGCUUCAAAUUAAUCAGAGAUUGCAGCCAAUAUAUUCCUCAAUGCAGGAGCGAAACAUGCUAUUUGCAUUAGACAGGGUGAAAAGAUAAGUGAAAGUGCUCUGAUUGCAUUUUUGAAGUUAUUUUAUAACUUAGUUUUCAACUAAAGUAUGAAUAUCUGCGAAUCCUUUAAGUUAGCUCAGAAAAAGAUAGAGGUUAUAUAUGGUUUAUCAGAAUCACUAAAGUUUAACAUAUUAGUCAGAUAAGAAAAUGAAAACCUUGAUUUAAAUGACAAUAAUGGCAGAAACUCAUCUCUCUAAUUCUAUGAAAACUCUUAAAUUAAAACUGGGAGUCAUCAAUGCAAGAUAUUUGGCCCACUUAAAAAAGGGAAAUUAGAUCAUCAGGAGAUAUAAGUUAGAUUUAAUAAUUUAAAGCCAGUUAAUGAAUCUUUAAAAGCAAGGUAGAGAGAUAUGCAUGAAACUGUUUCAGAAAUAAUUAAUAAUAGAUUGGUAACUAUUUUAGGACUUCCUGGAGUAGGUAAAUCUUCCCUUCUUAAAUCCACAUGCCAGUAUCUAAUGGAGAGAAAUACAUUUUAGGCUGGGAUUCUCUAUCUGUCUCUCAAAGGUUAUCAAAAUCAAGGACUCAUUCUAAGAAAGUUUUAAUCUGCCUUCUUGAAAUAAGAAUUGAAGGAUAAAAGUUAAACCGAUAAUAGUUAUCUAGAAAUGAAUAGUGUCUAAAUCUUCACAAAGAUAAUGGAAAGUUUGAUGAUUCUAGAACAAGAACUGCUAAUAGUAUUUGAUAAUACUGAGGAAAUAAUGUAUCAUGAUAAGUCAAAAUAUAGAUCAUUUUUAAGCGAAUUACUUAACGCAUCGAGCUAUGUCAAGAUAGUGCUGACUAGCAGAAGCACUCUUGGAGAUAUUUAAGAAAUCAAAGAAAAAGUUUAAGUCAUUAAUGAGAUAAGCACUUCUAACUUUAUUAAACUCUAUCUUUCAAAAGCCAAAACUGUACCUAUUGAAGAGAUUUAGGAACUACUAUCUUAUACUUCAUAAGAAAAUAUUGAAAAUCUAAGCUAAGAAUAGAUAGUUAAAAUGCUAGGAGAACACCAACUAUUUAAGAUAAUAUGUGGGAUUCCAUCUUCAGCAUUAAUUUUAGCUAAACUGAAUUAAAAGCUAACUUUGAAGUAAAUAUACAAUUUAUCGGUGAGUAGAGAAGUAAAGCAAGUUGUCUCUUCAGAUGGAAUUAAAAAUAAUUCGUUACUAGGACUUCGAAUCCUUGUCGAAAUCAUAAUUAAUCACAUUGAUAAUGAAGACCCAAAAACUGUUUAAUUCUUUUUCUUGAUAGGAUAACUACCUGGUGGAAUUAAAGAUAAAGAGCUACAGAAGAUAUGGGGAUCAGACUACACGAUUCACUUGAAUACUCUAAAAGACUAUGGAAUAAUCGAGGUUUUAUAGAACCCAAACACUGGAAGGCUAAAGAUAUCUCUUUCCCCUUUUAUCUAAACUUACGCCUCAUCUAAGAUAAGCAAGAAUGAUAGAAUUUACUUUUCCAAUGAGCUGAGUUACUUCUACGAUAAGUUAUUGAAAAAAAUAUUUGAAAUCAAUCACAAAAGCAGAAAACAUUAUGAUAAAAGAGCAUAGAGAGACUACCUCUUAAGAGUGCAGAUGUUGAAGCACGAAUGUAAUGUUCAAGCAUUAAUAAUGAGAAUGAUUGAUCAGCCUACUCUUAAGAGAAGAAGUCUAUCCAAGUGUGAAGCAUUCUAAAAUCUCCAUAAUUCACCUGAUAAAGAUAGCAGAACUAUGUCAAAAAUAGAGGAUGAGAUCAGCAUUUAGUUAAGUGAAAUUAAUCCAAGAGAAGCAGAGGAACUUUGUCUUAUUGAUAAUGUAGUGAAAGAUGCAUUUAUUCAAUUUUCAAAGCCUGAUUACGAUCAUCAUUUCAUGUCCCUUAUCUAGCUGAUGAAAGAUUGUUAGCUUUAAAAUAUUCUAAGUAGUAAUAAAAAGAGGUAUCAUAGAAAAUAAGGUUUAUGGCGAUCUUUCUAAGAAUCAACCCCCUCUAGAUUCUUGAAUAAUUCUAAUUCGAAUACGGAUACUCAGGAGGAAAGUCUUCAUUACAUUGAAAGACUAGUCAUAACCUAUUGCUUGAAUCUAUAUCUAUUUGAUGAGAUAGAUAUUGCAAAGCAAUUUAUUGAAAAUUAAGCUAUGUUUGUAGAUGGGAAUGGAUUGUUCAAGGCGAACAUUUACAAAGUAGCUGGUCUGGUCUACUUUAGAUGCGAUGAGGCCAAAAAGGCUUAAUUUGCAUUUGAUAAGUCUAAGAAAUUAUACAGGGAUCUUGACAAUACUCAUGGAGUAGCGUUAACAAGAUUUGCUCUUAAUUACAUUGCUAAGAUGCAACUAGAUGAUCUAAAAACAAUAACUGCCUAAUAAAACAGACAAGCUUGCAGACUAUGGGGAAAAUUUACUAAAAUUUUAGAGAACUUUUAAAAAGUUGAUCAUAUUGUUGGCCAAGCCUUAACUCAUUAAUGCCUCUCCUAGCUCUUCAAAAUCUAAUUUACUGCUAAAAAGAAUGCUCCUGAUCUUGAAUAGCUUUAAUAUGAUUUCCUAGAGCAUCAAGAGUAGUAUCAAAAGCUUUUAUAAGACUUUCAAAAUUAUCAAAAUAAGGCUUACUGUCCUCAUAUUAGGAGAGUAUAAGGGCCAGAAAUUAGUUUGAUUAUGGAAUUAGUAAAAACAAAUGAGAGCACAAACUUAUUCCCGCCUUUCAAUAAGAAUCACUCAGACAUGGAUUAAAACUAUUCAAAUGAGGAAUCGCUUUUGAUUUUAGAUGAUAUGGAUGAUGAAUCAGCCUAUACAAUGGAUCCUCGAUCCCCGAAUGAUAAUUCUUAGAACUUCCUUUCUCCAAGCACUAUUAGACAUCACACAACUAAUGAGGAAGAGAGAAAGAUUUAUAGUGGUUCAAAAAUCAUUAUUGAAAGUUUGGAGGAUGAAGAUUUGCUCUAGGAUGAAACUGCAAAAACAUUCAGCCCUUCACUUCUAAAAAGUGAUAGAAAUUCCAAUUUGACUAAUACAAGAAAUACAGGAGAUGGAUAAUUUAAUGAUGGAAAUAGUAAUAAUAAGUCAGAAGAUGAGGUAAGAUUUGAAGAUAAGACUUCUAAGGAUUUGGAAAAUUCAAAUAAUGACGACCCUAAUUGCUUAGUACCACCGAAGUAUUUCACAAGUAAUUCUAGAAGAUCUAUGAAGAUGUCUCCACUAGAAGUAGUAGAAGAGGAAACUGAGUAUAGUUUCAUUGAAUAAAUAGAUAAGAAGGAUCCUAAACCUCGUUACUCUAUGCAAAAGCUUCCUCAUACGACUAAGAUGAAAUAAUAUUUAGAAAGUAAUUCGUAGCCAGGAAAGAUAAAAUUAAGGCAUAGUUUAACAGAUAGGAAAGUAUAAAGACCUAAGUCUUCACACGGGACAGUUGGAUCUGCAUAAAAGGUAGUAAAGGUAAAAAGUUAAAAUAGCUUUCAUAAAUGA